AUGGAAGCAGCAGCAGGAGAUGAGGAGAGGCCCUUGCUCCAUCAUCACCCUCCUCCUGGCCUCUAUCAGCUUUGCUGUAUCAUGCAGAAUGGGGAUUCAAGGUUAAAUACUUGCGAUGGAACCGUCGAUGUCAACGGACAACCAGCUGCUAAGGCGAGCACGGGAAACUGGAGAGCCUGCUUCUUCAUUUUAGGUAUCGAAUUCAGCGAGUGCUUGGCCUACUUCGCCAUCUCUAAGAACUUAGUCACCUACCUCACCAGUGUGCUCGACGAAAGCAACAUUGAGGCAGCAAGGAAUGUGUCCACUUGGAUUGGCACAACAUUCUUCACGCCACUUGUCGGAGCUUUCUUGGCAGACACAUAUUGGGGAAGAUACAAGACAAUCGUGAUUUUUCUCUCGAUUUACACCGUUGGGAUGCUUGUGCUGACGUUUUCGGCGAUACUCCCAUCGUUGAUGCAAUCCUCCAACCAUCAUGAGAUCCACCGUGUUGCCGUCUACGCAGGACUCUAUCUUACAGCCCUUGGCAACGGUGGCAUCAAGCCCUGCACUUCUGCCUUCGGCGCGGACCAGUUUGACAUGGCUGACCCAGCGGAGCGCGUGAAGAAGGGAUCCUUCUUCAACUGGUACUUCUUCUCGAUCAACGUUGGCUCCCUUCUAUCGACCACUGUGAUUGUCUGGGUGCAGGAUAAUGUCGGUUGGGGGAUCGGCUUCGCCGUACCGAUGAUCCUCAUGAGCCUCGGUUUCGCGGUGUUUGUAACCGGUAGGAGGGUGUACAGGUACAAGACACUAGGAGAGAGCCCCAUGACAAGAGUGUCCCAGGUUGUUGUUGCAGCUGCAAGGAAUUGCCAUAUGGAGUUGCCUGAUAAUAGCUCAGCCUUGCAUCACCUACCUUCACCGCCAAUAGAGACUACCUUCAAGGUUCACCAUACCACUCAGUUCAGAUUUUUGGACAAGGCUGCUAUUGUGCCACCCCCGACGCCGGGGAAGAAGGACGUGGAGGCGGGUCCGUGGAGGCUAUGCACGAUGCCUCAGGUGGAGGAGGUGAAGAUGCUGCUGCGGUUGUGCCCUGCGUGGGUGUCCAUGGUGGUCUUCUUCAUGAUCACAGCGCAGAUGUCGUCGACGCUGAUUGAGCAGGGCAUGGCGAUGGACAACCACGUCGGGCCAUUCACCGUGCCACCAGCCUCCCUUGCAGGCUUCGACGUGGUUGCAAUGCUCGUGUUGAUCCCCGUGUACGACGCUGUGCUGGUGCCCUUCGCACGGCACGCCACCGGCCUCGACCGGGGCCUCUCGCAUCCGCAGCGCCUCGGUGUCGGUCUCGCGCUGUCCAUGCUCGCCAUGGCCUACUCGGCGUUACUUGAGAGGAACCGGCUCGCGGUGGCCGCAACCGGAGCAACAGUGAGCAUCAUGUGGCAGGCACCGGCGUACGCAAUACUGGGCGCCGGGGAGGUGUUCGCGGCCAUUGGCGUGAUCGAGCUCUUCUACGACCAAGCGCCCGACAGCAUGAGGAGCCUGUGCACCGCACUCGCGCAGCUUGCUGUCGCAGCGGGGAACUACCUUAACUCGGCCGUGUUGGGCUCCGUCGCGUCUGCCACGGGAUGGAUCCCGGAGGACCUCGACGACGGCCACCUGGACUACUUCUUCUGGCUGAUGGCGGUGCUCGGCGCCCUGAACCUGCUCCAAUUCUUGCUCUGCUCCAUUCCGGCCAUGAGGCAGAGCGGCAGGUAG